UGUAAUUCAUUCAGUUCUAGAAGUAGUCCAGACAACACGAACUAAACAGUCAAAAUGGCGUGGCAAUUAGUCUUACUGACUUUACUGAGUCUUGGAGCUGUUAAUUAUGCCAACCUAGAUUGUGUUUUGGACUUCAAAACGACUUUGAUACCUCAAACCCGCUUCCAAUAAUCUUAAGGGAUAAUAAAUUAUUGAACCCGGACCCAAACACCUGCAGUGUCGUUUUGCCUGAGGGUUCAAAAAUUCUUAUUGGCUGCCCUGGGGAUACAAAUAGUAUCAUGUACAUGCAACCAAAUGGAAGAAUCGAUACUGGGUUAAAGCAACUGGAAGCAUCUUGUAACGGUGGUAGUAACUUUAUAUCUGGCAACAGUUUACUAGACAGCUUCGCUUUAAAGGAAAUAUCUUGUAAAGAACAACCCAAAGUAACGGUUCGAAAAACGACGAAAUGUGGCAAAGAUAAUCAACAUCAAACUUACCAAUGCGGAUAUACUAUUGGAAACGUAUUUGUCUGGGCUUUCGAGUCUUGUUACGAUGAGAGGCUUUACAUCCCGUCUCAUGUAAAAUACGAGAUCAGGCCGCAUACUUGCACUCCUGCACCAACUGCUCCAUCAGGAAAUAUUCUAACUGGACUAUUGGAAGGUCUGCUUGGCAUAGUGUUGUAUAUAUUAAGCGCUUUGUUUAAUGUAUUGACCUCACUAGUUGCACAGAAGGCAAGGUUCAUAGAACUUUUCGGCACAGAACUUGCAGAUGUCUACCUACGCGAUGAUAACCUCGAGCCGUGCUAUUUAGCGAAUCCCUUUUACUUCGCCACUGUAGCCGAGCAAUCGGUCACUACUCAUUAUGUCAACUUGGCUCCCCAAUGGAAAUCUGUCACUGAGAGCUUGGAGAGUUUGCAACAAGUAAGUACUUGCUUUCGCACAUGUUGGUGAUUAAUUUGGAACUAU